UGUCGCUGGCAAUAUUUUUAACAUGGCCGCAUGUUGAACGAAACGAUUUUCUUUACUGUUUGCCAAAAUAAAAUAAUAUAGGCGUAAUAAGUGUGCGGAUUUAUGUAGAUUGCAUAGCAAAGAAACUGAUUUGCUCGUGACAUACAGUAAGGUGGUUCGUGAAGAUGAUGCAUCACCCGAACAUGCAUCAUCAGCCGAUCUCGGGGCACCCGCCGCAGCACAUGGGCGGGCAUCAGGGAAUGCCCGGGCACCAUCAAAUGGCUCCACAUCAGAUGCAUCGCGAGAACAGGCACGUAACACUAACUAGGGUGCCGCUGGGGCCGGCGCAGGCGGGCGGCGCGAUGGGCGCGCACGGGCAGGCGCUGGGCGGGCUGGGCGCCAUGGGCGUGCCGCCGCCGCACCACACGCCGCAGCGACCACCUCACCCCAUCAGGGCUAUGCCACAUCAUCCGCAGGCGCAGCACCACUCCGUACCACCGCAACAAAUAAAGACGCUCCGGCGGCCGUACGCGGUGGGCGGGGCUUACGGGCCGGGCGCGGGGGUGUUGCCGCCGCCGUACGCGCAGCCGCCGCCGCUGCAGCCCCCCGCCGUACCUAUACAACAUCCAGUGGUGUCGACGUCAACGAGCACAGUGACGCCGGCGGGCGGGACGGCGGUGGCGGAGGCGGCGCCGGAGGCGGAGCCGCCGGCCGCCACGCCUGCGCCCGACGCCGACGCGCCCGACAGCCCGCGCGCCGCCUCGGCCAACAGUAAAGAGAAGACCCCCAUGUGCCUGGUCAAUGAACUGGCCAGGUACAAUAAGAUUAAGCAUCAAUAUCGCCUCACAUCAGAGACUGGACCCGCUCACAAAAAAGUAUUCACAGUAACACUCCGACUGGGUGAUACUGAGGAAUAUACUGCAGAGGGGUCGUCAAUAAAGCGCGCGCAGCACGCGGCGGCGCAGGCGGCGCUGUCGGCCACCGGCUACCCGCCGCCGCCGCCCCGCGCGCCCGCGCCGCACGCCGCCCACCACCCGCAUCAUCGACAUGCCGGAGCAGUAAUGCCAACAGUGGAGCUUAACGCAUUAGCAAUGAAGCUAUGCCAGCCAGCCGUGUACACAACAGUGCCUCCCGUCGCGGGCAGCAAUCGACUAGUCCGAAUAGGCGGAACUUACGGGCCGGCCCUCGUGUACCGCGUGCGAGUGGGCGUGGGCGGGCGCGGCUGGCUGGGGGAGGGCGCCACGCCGCAGGCCGCGCGACACGACGCCGCCGCGCGGGCCCUGCGCGACCUGCGGCCUCUCGCCCGCGCUGAGGCCGCGCCCGCGCCUGCACAGGCCACGCCCGACGCAGCAGGUACAGAAGCGAGUGCUGACCUGCUGAACUCGGAGGUGAAGUCCCCAGUGUCGCUGGUGCACGAGCUGGCGCUGAAGCGCAACCUCUCCGUGCAGUUCACCGUCAAGUCCGAGCGCGGCCCGCCGCAUAUGCGAGUAUUCGUAACAGUAUGCACGGUGGGCGACAUGGAGACGGAAGGCGAGGGCAACGGCAAGAAGGUCUCCAAGCGCCGCGCCGCCGAGCGCAUGCUGGACGAGAUGCGGCGCCGCUGGCCGCCCGCGCUGCUGCGAGCCCGCCCGCCGCACGACAAGCGCAGGCAGCAGCCCGCUAAGAAGAAACCUAGGAAUCUCAUCAAGGAGGGCAGCGCGGGCGGAGCUGGCGCGGCGGGCAGCGCGGACAACCCGAUCUCCCGCCUGGCGGUGGCCCGGCACGCGGUGCGCGCGCGCUCGCCGCAGUACCGCGUGCUGGAGGAGCGCGGCGCGGCGCGGCGCCGCGAGUUCCUCGUGCAGUGCGACGCGCCGCCGCACUGCGCCACCGGGCUCGGGCCCAACAAGAAAACCGCCAAGCGACGCGCCGCGCACAACGUGUUACUAGCGAUGGAGAUGAGCGGCAAGCCCGAGCAGAGCUGCAGCCCCGACGCCGCCGCCGCUGACGCCAAGACCAGCCCUGACGCCAAGCGAAAAGAGGGUGAUGUACCUAACGGCGGCGCGAACAGCGAGGUGCGGCAGCCGGUGCCCGGAGUGCUGCUCAUGGACUACCACCAGCGGACGGGACAGCCACAGCAACCCAACGGCGUGAGCGAGUCGAGCGCGACGGGCGGGUCGGGCGGCAACACGCCGGGCGCGAAGGACCAGCUCAUGUACCUGUCGCAGCUGCUCGGCUUCACUGUGCAGUUCUCCGAUUUCCCCAAGCGCAACCACGGCGAGUACCUGUCGCUGGUGUCGCUGUCGACGGAGCCGCCGGUGAUGUGCCACGGCAGCGGAGCCUCCACGCGAGCCUCGCACGACGCCUGCGCCCGCGCCGCGCUGCGAGCCCUCGCGCUCAUGGGGCUCGACGCGCCCACACACACGUAUGUUAUAUAUAGCGCGUCCACGCGAGCCUCGCACGACGCCUGCGCCCGCGCCGCGCUGCGAGCCCUCGCGCUCAUGGGGCUCGACGCGCCCACACACACGUAUGUUAUAUAUAGCGCGUCCACGCGAGCCUCGCACGACGCCUGCGCCCGCGCCGCGCUGCGAGCCCUCGCGCUCAUGGGGCUCGACGCGCCCACACACACGUAUGUUAUAUAUAGCGCGUCCACGCGAGCCUCGCACGACGCCUGCGCCCGCGCCGCGCUGCGAGCCCUCGCGCUCAUGGGGCUCGACGCGCCCACACACACGUAUGUUAUAUAUAGCGCGUCCACGCGAGCCUCGCACGACGCCUGCGCCCGCGCCGCGCUGCGAGCCCUCGCGCUCAUGGGGCUCGACGCGCCCACACACACGUAUGUUAUAUAUAGCGCGUCCACGCGAGCCUCGCACGACGCCUGCGCCCGCGCCGCGCUGCGAGCCCUCGCGCUCAUGGGGCUCGACGCGCCCACACACACGUAUGUUAUAUAUAGCGCGUCCACGCGAGCCUCGCACGACGCCUGCGCCCGCGCCGCGCUGCGAGCCCUCGCGCUCAUGGGGCUCGACGCGCCCACACACACGUAUGUUAUAUAUAGCGCGUCCACGCGAGCCUCGCACGACGCCUGCGCCCGCGCCGCGCUGCGAGCCCUCGCGCUCAUGGGGCUCGACGCGCCCACACACACGUAUGUUAUAUAUAGCGCGUCCACGCGAGCCUCGCACGACGCCUGCGCCCGCGCCGCGCUGCGAGCCCUCGCGCUCAUGGGGCUCGACGCGCCCACACACACGUAUGUUAUAUAUAGCGCGUCCACGCGAGCCUCGCACGACGCCUGCGCCCGCGCCGCGCUGCGAGCCCUCGCGCUCAUGGGGCUCGACGCGCCCACACACACGUAUGUUAUAUAUAGCGCGUCCACGCGAGCCUCGCACGACGCCUGCGCCCGCGCCGCGCUGCGAGCCCUCGCGCUCAUGGGGCUCGACGCGCCCACACACACGUAUGUUAUAUAUAGCGCGUCCACGCGAGCCUCGCACGACGCCUGCGCCCGCGCCGCGCUGCGAGCCCUCGCGCUCAUGGGGCUCGACGCGCCCACACACACGUAUGUUAUAUAUAGCGCGUCCACGCGAGCCUCGCACGACGCCUGCGCCCGCGCCGCGCUGCGAGCCCUCGCGCUCAUGGGGCUCGACGCGCCCACACACACUAUGGCGAGUGUGGGCGGCACGCCGCCGAAGGCCGGCGCGGUGAGCAACGGCAUCGCCGAGUGAAGCCGCGUCGCUUCCCGCUCGACACAUUGCAAUAUCCCGGUGAAUAUCUCACAGCACGAAAUGUUCGGGACGACUCGCAACACUCAACAACACUGCUUGUGCCGUUUCCGGCUAUGAUAUAUUCACGACGUUUUGUUUGAUCUCGAGUCAUGCAACAACUUUUAGUUAAUUUCCCAUAUGAACUUUCAUAUUUUACGACUUUCAAAUGUAUAUUUUUUUGUUAUACAUAGCGAUCUGUACGAACUAUUUAGUUAUUUUAUUUAACGUUUCAUGGAAUUAUGUACUUUCGCUCACAAAUUAGGUUAAUUUUUUUGUAUUUAUUUUUCACAUCUAUGUAAGAGAAUAAAAUCUGAGGAUUUGAUAUUGAAAGAGCGGCGCUCAUCUGACAUAAUAAAUUUUAUAAAGACACAUUAGCCAUGAAUGAUCUAAAAUAACGCUAUAUUUAUUGGUCUUAUUAUAUACUAAACGUAUCUGUUAUUAUAUAAGCGUAGUAGUAUAAAGAAGUAAAAUAUCAUUAAAAUUAUGUAGGAACGAAUAUUGUAACGAAACUGGGGCUGUGAAGCCAAACCAAAACAGGUUCGUCGGGACUCGGCACCGGCAGCGGCGUCCCGACGAACGCUACAGUUGCAUCAUGCGGCCAUGGUGUCUCUUAGUUUAGCUGUACUGUAGUAAUCGCCGUGGCCCUCGGCAGCCGCGGCGGCACAGCGGUACAGUAGGGUACACUGCGGGGGCUACGGCGAUUAGAACGAUGUUUGGCCUCGAUUUUUAACUGACUCGUAGUUGAGCGUGUAACAAUAGUUCCCCCGACCCUAAGCUAUGAAAUGUGUAAUUUUAGACUUAUGAUAGACUACAUGAAGCUGGCACGAGUAGCGCUCCACUUAGAAUAAGUUUGAAGGUUGCUUGUUAUACCUAAGCUCUAUGUAACCUAUGUACCAUGUAAUUGUUUAGUAUAGCGUUUGAUUAAUGACAUAUAAACAACGUUCUUUCUAGAUGUUUAAAUAUAGUAAGUGUAAUACAAUUGAUCGGUACGAUAUUUAUAUAUUGUAAUGAAUUCAUAUCUAGAAUGAAUAUAACUGUGUAUGUAUCGUUUAGUUUGUGUUGUCGUGAGGAUGCGAUCCAAGCGGGGCCCGGCACCGGUCAAUUGUAUGUUCAGUAACAAACGAUUGUACAUUUCAUUGUAAUGGGUCCGUGAUCAUACGAAACUGUAUCGUAACCACGUUUUUUGUUUUCAAACUUUAUUCAAGUGUAGUCUAUAUAAUACUACGUACUAAGUAUAUUAUAAUCACUAGCGAUGUGUUUACUUGUUCGUUUGUAUGUUCAAACGAUUUUAAAUCGAGGCCAUCGAUCAAUUUCUUCAUGUUCAAAGUUGCACAAGUAACUAAGCAUAAAGAAAUUAACUUAUUAUUGGAUAAAGGAAAACGCCAAAAGGGCAUUAAGAAGUUUAUUUAUUUUGUUGUAAGCAACUAAUAUUUUAUAUUAUUACGUAGGUUGGAGCAAGUCCCAAUUGGAUUUCGUGCUUUUAGCAACUGUACUGUAAGGAUAUAACAAUAAAAAGUUGAAUAUUA